AUGGCGUCUCACCGCUACCUAAGCAAUUUAAUCACUGGUAUCAUCAACGCCAUCUUUGCACCGUUCGCUGUAAUUGCUAACUUUUUGGUGUUUGUAGCAAUCUUGCGGAGUCCGACUCUUCGUUGUACACCCUCCUGUAUGUUGAUCGCCUGUUUGGCUUUAUCAGACUUUUUAGUCGGUGUAAUCGUGCAACCAGCGUACCUUGCUUAUCGACUGAGAGAAAACCAAUACGGUUAUGUAAACUGUGCAGUAAGACUCCUUUAUGCAAAUGGUUUUUACAUCUGCUAUGGAGUCUCUUUCAUGUCCUUGAGCACAAUAAGCUUUGAGAGAUAUCUCGCUUUAAGGCUUCACCUUCGCUAUAAAUGUCUGGUAACUGUGCGUCGAGUGUUAAUUUUCGUAGUAUUUAUCUGGUUUCUAAACGUGGCCUUAACUUCUCUUCAAUGGGCUCGCAUCAUCAAAAUCGCGCGAGGCACGAGCUUGUUUUUCUGGUUCAUGUCUCUUUUCAUCGCAGGGAUUUCUCAGUUUGGAAUCCAUCGGAUCGUGCGCCGCCACUGUCGAGAUAUCGAGCGGCAUCAAAGGCUAUCAGCUGGAAAUCAAAACUUUCGAAUCCAAGUCAGGCUUGCAGUUAGCGUUGCUUACAUUGUGGGGAUAUAUUUCUUCUUUAAUUUGCCAGUAUUGGUUGUUACCACCUAUCACCAAAUUGCGACUGGUCACAUUGACUCGUAUGAUUACUACAGCUGGAGUGAGACUAUAGCUUUCUUGAACUCCUUCAUAAAUCCUAUGGUUUGUUGUUGGAGGAGUCAGGACAUCAGGAAAGCUAUAAAGAAAAUGCUACCUGCAAGAUUUUUGUGAGACACAUAUUGGAGGGGAAUAGAAUUAAUGAUACCGAAGAUUAUAGCCAAUGGGCGACUAUGGCCUCCUGGACCUCCUUCAUAAAUCCUAUGGUUUGCUGGAGGAGACAAGACAUAAAAUAAGCAAGCAAUAAAGAAAAUGCCACCUGCAAGAUUUAUCUAAGACACAUAUUGGAGGGAAUUUAGAACUGAUGAUAUAGAAGCAAAUAAACAAUAGUCGGUUCUGAACAGUCGAAUUUCAGACAUUUCAGCUGGUUAUGGAACCUUAAAGUCAAUAGCAAGCCUUGGCUUCAUUCAUUUAGCUUUGCUGCAAUUUACGUUUCGUGUAGAAAACACGUGUUACCUUUCAAAUUCUCAACCAACUAGACGCGAAAAAAACAAAAUUUUAAGGAUUUCGACACUCGAAAAAGCUCACGAGAACAGUGGUAAAUUAGCAUAUAACUUCUCCCAUAACAUCUAUACAUUACCAAGCAAACAGGUAGUGAGAAUAUUAAAACUUAUCAGGUACAAGUUGUAACCUCGAUCCGACACCAAAUUAUCGUAACUAAUUUACAAGGAAAUGUGUAGCAGCUAGAGGGGAGAAAUAAAAUAUUAUCUUGGAAGGACGACCUUCAGUACUUUGCAAUCUAAAAUGAAGAUCAGCAUCACUAGCGGAUGACGCAGCUAAAAACGGAAAGGUCUUUUCUUUGUUCCAUAUCUGCUCGCAUGCGAACACGUCUGAGUGGAUAAAGUUAAAUAUCUAAUGUUUUAAAAGGCUAUAGUUUAGAUACAAGUUUAACACUACUAAAUUCUAAACUCCCAAUUUUACAAAAACAAGAAAAACAAAAUUGCUUUUUUCUUCUUGAUUCAAUAAUUAUAAAUAAACACUCUCAGUUCGAUAAUUUUAGUUUUAAUCUACCAUCGUACCAGAGAAAAAAAACCUAAACAGAACUUACAUACAACUUCAUUGUUAGGCCAAGCACAAAUUGCUUUUACAUUAAAACUGAGUCUAGCAACAGAAAACUCCUAGGAGGGAUUGACAGCAUUUAUUGACAGCUUUUAUGCGGAGUGCUUUGGGUAAGGUAAAGAGUCCGGAAAUUCUAAGGAUGUCAGCAAAGGCUCGGUAUCAGGUGCUCAAACUUCGAAUUUUCUAUUCGUGGGACAAUAUCAUGAAACUUCCCUUUAAAAUAUUGUCUACGAUUUCCUCGUUAUCCCUUUAACCUCCAUGGGUGACUAGCAUCUAAUUUUCUUUACAAUAUCACCCAGGAAUCAAACGUUAAGGUCACGAGAAUGAUAGAAAUUAACACUAACUAAAAAAGGUGCUGAUUUUGUAACAAAUUCUCCUUUUCAGCUCCAUAGGAAAUGUUUAUAGAACAGUAUGGAGAAUUUGUAUUCAGAUAACAGGGUAUAAAGGGUUAAGUUCAUAUCGACAUAUUGCUAUGUAGUCAUGUGGACUGAAGUUGGUGCUUAAAGAUUAAGGGGCCGUAAUUUGUCGAAAUCUGACCAAGACAAGGUUCUUAUCUAGAGGUAUCACCCCAGGCGUCUUGUCUUUUUUUGAAUCUAUGUCUUGCCAGCUGCAACCUCUUCCAAAUUCUUAAACCUGUUAUCUCAUUUCGAAUGGACUUCACUCUCCACAGGCAAACCAGCGGAUUGACAGAUGAAUUUAUGAACACUACCGUCUCAGCCCAACUGUAUAGGUUGUAGCUAGUAAUCUGUUUAGAUGCUACUUGGUGAGAUAUGGUAAUGACAAGCACUGGCAGGUUGAGCACAAAGUAUACCCCUAAUAUGGAUGCAAUGUUUAUCGCGAGCUUGAUUUGCAUUUGCCGACCGCGCCAAUGUGUCUGGUUUAAAUUUCGAAUUUGCCUCUGGUGAUGCCUUAUUAUAGGAAUAAUUCUACAUUGGGUGGCAACCGCGAUGAGAAGGGAUGUAACCCACAAUCCAAGAUGAAUUGUUCGAAAAGUAUAGUUAUAAGCCCAUUGCAGAAAAGUUAAGGAUAUAUUAACAAACCAUAAUAAUGAAACUACUUUCAUUACACGAUCCUGGCUGACGAUUUGAAGGUAUCGGAGAUGGUAGAGCAGAGCAAGUAAUCUUUCGCACCCAAUGGUGCAUAACGUCAUAAAUGACACACCAUAACACACGUAGAAUCCUGUUGAGUAUAACAUCCUGACGGAACAAGGGACAAAUCCAUGCUGGUUUUCUAGCAGUCUAUACGCAACAUAACUGGGUUGCAGAACGAGGCCAACAAAAAUGUCUGAUAUGGAAAGGCAGGCUAGCAGCAAGUUCGAUGGUGAAUGGAGAGAAGACGUUUUGUAGAUAAUGAAAACUAUCAGGAAAUUAGCUGCCACAGCAAACGGCGAUAAAAUCGCGUUCAUUGCAGCUGUCACUAGGUUAGCGGUUCUACGAUGGUAGAACUCGUCAAACUUUGGAUCUGGAAGAUGAAAGCAACCACUAUCUUUGGUUGAGCCAAUCGAAGGAAGAACGGUUGUGAGAUUUUGUUCUGCUGCGGAGAAUUCCAUGUCACACGGUUUUGUUUGCCUCUCCUUAGGUAAAACAAUGCAAUUCAAGGAAGUCUCUUCCGGUUGCAGGUUGGAAUUAUCAGGUGUUUUUAACGAUUUUGACUUAUUCAGUGAUGAUUUCUCCAAUCGGUAUUGUAUUUAACAACAGAUAUAACUCCCCGUCGACUGUGUUGGCGUGUCGAGAGCUAUCGUUUUGUUUUUUUGCAGUCGAUGGAAGUGAGGCGCUUACGAACUUUAACCGCUCCACGGCUCAAAACUAUCACAUAGGUUUUUUUUAACGCAAAUUUCAAAUGAAAGGAAAGUACUAGCAACAAUUACUAGGAAAAGCGUCCAUCACCUGUCAUUGUGCGUCUAGGAGAAGAGAGAUCAAUUGAAUAAUUUCAUACCAGGUUAAAAUUUAGCCAAUCUGUUGAAAGUUUUUACAAAUGCCCAGAAAUCCCCAGGCAGAUUUCACUCAUUAGCAGUACUUCCCUAUAAAGAGUAAAGAACAGCUAGGAUAAAAAUAAGACUGAAAAUCCUAAUGGAUUUGGUAACUUCUUAAUUCGAUCUUAAAUUUGGCAAUCGGUGAGCGACAACUCACAGGCAACGCAGUAAUUGCUGUCAAUAGCUUACGAUGACGAUGCAUUAGUGGGUUCGGUAAACACGUAAGAUAUAAAAAUAUAUUUUGCGUCCUUUUCCUCGAUCUAGGGUUUUUAAAGUAAUUUUUAAAAAAAUUAAGUUCUAAAUUUUAUAUUUGUUCAAUCUUUUGGUAAAAUCUGGUAUACUGGAAGUUUAUCUAAAAUUGUACACCACUCAUUUUAAUUCACUGAAUAAUUGCAACUUUAAAAUAAUUUGGGCUUGGGAAAGCGUAGGUGGCCAAUCCUACAACAACACGCACAAUAGCGAUAUAAAUUUUACGUAAACUUUGGAUAAAAAUUCAACAAAUGGACUUCCAUGGAUACUUACGCAAAAUUACGUUUUAUUUUUGCAAAGCCUGAGGAGAAGCACAAGGUUGACUAGAAAGUUUUGCCGCAACUCCUUUCUAUUCGUAAUAAUUUCCUUCAGAUUUAAAUAGAACGGCUCUAGACAUGUUUACUUAGUUAACACAGGUUAUUCACGCAAUAAAUUAAAGUGGCAAGUGCUGGGAACUUAGACAUCUGGAAGAUGCUACACAAAUUUUUUCAAAAUGAGAGUUUUUCAAAGAUAAACCAAUGCUCAAAAAUCUUCUCCGUAUUGAAUUUUGUAACUACGAAAAUAAUAAUUUUGUAACGCGCUUAAGAUAGAAAUCCUUCUUUGGUUUUUUAGUUCUUUACAAGUAUUUCACAUAUAGGAGUUAUUCAUGGUUGGUUAAACAUUUUUGUAAGCUUACACGGGAUUUUUCUCGCCGUCUGUUAAGCUUAGAUUUUCCUUUUUCCGUUAAGAUUCAUGUUUAGCCCAAAUUAAUGCCAUUUACUAAAGUAGAUACGAUACUAAACGAUAUUGAACCUUCGCAAAUGUUGAUCUGCUUUGAGUAUCGAUGUUUUGCCAACUUCUAGCAACCCACUCAAUUAUGGAAAAUAUUUAUUAUUUGCAGUGUUAAAUAAAACAUGCAUUAGAACUGGUCAAGAGAUUUCACGACUUUGAGAAUUAGAGAGGAUAAUUCCUCAAAGUUAUUCCUUGCUUCUUUUGCUUUUUUUUUUUUUUUUUUUUUUUUUUUUUUCCGGGAUGUCAAUUUUGUGAUUCGUGUAGAAUAUUAUAUGUAUUUUAUUAUUCUCAAGGCCUUCCAUAAUCAAAAUUUCUCUCGCUUGUCAAUAUUUUUAGCAAUGCCUGUCAAGUUCAAUGAAAAAAUUUCUUUUGAUCCCAACCAAACAAACCACCCACGUAUCUUGGGCUUGAUUAUUAAAUAAUGGUUCUUUUAUUUAUUAUUACACCACGACAGUUUUUAAAAAAAUAUUCACAACGAAAUUUUCAUUAAAUUUUAGCAUUUUAAAUUACCCAUAGAAUAGAAGUCUUGCAUUUGAUAACCAGUAGCACGGCAGGUCAUUUUCACCCGCAAGUAUUCGUUAGCUACGCCGAUGACAUGUUUACCUAAGUGUUAUUGAACACCUUGGGUAAGAAGUAGAUGAAUACAUCAGAAGACAAGAUGGCAAGUCUUCUUGAAGUUGGUCUAAAUCAGCUGUUUUAACAUUUUUUUUAAAAGCGCUUGAUGACAAGUCCCUGAGAAAAACAUGGCCAACAUCACGAACGCCUCGUCAACAACGGUUUCUUCGGAUUUCCGUCCUCUUGGGAAGGACUUUUGCGUGUUGAUUUUGCCUGAUCCAGAAUUCGGCAAAGCAGCAGAACGCUCUACUACUAAUCUUGUAACAGGUGUUAUAAAUGCAGUGUUGUCGCCGUUCGGUGUAGCGGCAAACUUUCUCAUCAUCCUGGUUAUCAGCAGAAAGAUAUCUCUUCGGACACCCUUGAACGUGUUGCUAGGAUGUUUAGCUGCUUCCGAUUUUCUCGUUGGUUUGCUUGUUCAGCCAAGUUACGUUGCCUUCAGAUUAAUAGAGAACCCGCACAAGUUUGUCCCAUGCGCUUUACGGUUGUUCUACUCCACCGGGUUUUUCGUGUGCUAUGGCGUUUCUCUUGUUAUUUUAUGUGUCAUUAGCUGGGAAAGACUCCUUGCACUGCUAUUUCCGCUAAAGUACUCGCAUCUAAUACGUUUGUCAAGAAUCUUUAAGCUUAUAAUUCUCAUUUGGUUGGCGAACAUCUUACUGACACUUCUGCAGUGGGCCCAUACCGAGGUGGCCAGAGGCAUUCAUCUUGGCUCAUGGUUGCUUUUAUUAAUAGCUGCAGUUGUAAGCCAGUUGAGAAUCCUCCCAAUCAUUCGCUACCAUCAGCAGCAAAUCAAGAGACUUCAAUCAUCUUAUCCUGAAAUUUAUCUUCCGAAUCACACUCACAUGCAAGUAAAGUUUGCAGCAAACAUCGCAUGCAUUGUUGCAGUUUAUUUGGCAUUCAAUCUUCCAGUCCUUCUCAUCACUACCGUCCAUCAAAUUGUUCAAAUUGAUAUAAAUACCUACGAUUUGUACAGUUGGGCCGAGACAGCUGCGUUUUUUAACUCCUCUGUUAACCCAGUAAUAUGCCUUUGGAGAGUGAAGCUAAUUCGCAAGGGGAUCAGGGAACUUUGCACCUGUCGAAAGGAGAGAAAAAUUCCCAGAUAUUUGUCCAACACUACAUUAUCAGACAAAGACGUUUCUCUAGUAAGAUUCAGACGUUGCCAAGAACCAUCGAUAGUCAUAAUCGUCUCGAAUAACGAUUUGUCCGAUAAUGGAGACGAAAAGUUCCCUAAAUAA